GGGUGAGGGCGGUGAGGGCGGCCGGUGCUGGAGCGACGGCAGCGGCCGCGGCCGGAGGAGCAAUAGCAGCAGCCGUGGCGGCCACAGGGCGGGGCGCGGCGGUCGGGGACCGCGGCCGGGGCUGCAGGCGGCGGAGCGGCGGGUUUUGAAUAUACUAACCUUGAGUCAGCACUUCUAAAGCUCUGCCUUCUCCCACUGGCUUCACUUGGCCUUCAGACAUAAUGAGGAGACUGGCUUUUCGAGGCGCUGGUUGUGCUCUGGUAAAGCUGAAGAAGUUGGAUUCCAUGGGUUCCAAAAGAAGAAGAGCCACCUCCCCCUCCAGUAGCGUCAGCGGGGACUUUGAUGAUGGACACCAUUCUGUGUCCACACCAGGCCCAAGCAGGAAAAGGAGGAGACUUUCCAACCUUCCAACGGUAGAUCCUAUUGCUGUGUGUCAUGAACUCUACAACACUAUUCGAGACUAUAAGGAUGACCAGGGCAGGCUCCUCUGUGAGCUCUUCAUCAGGGCACCAAAGCGAAGAAAUCAACCAGACUAUUAUGAAGUAGUUUCUCAACCAAUUGACUUGAUGAAAAUCCAGCAGAAAUUAAAAAUGGAAGAGUAUGAUGAUGUUAACCUGCUCACUGCUGACUUCCAGCUGCUUUUUAACAACGCAAAGGCCUAUUACAAGCCAGAUUCCCCUGAAUAUAAAGCUGCUUGCAAACUCUGGGAUUUGUACCUUCGAACAAGAAAUGAGUUUGUUCAGAAAGGAGAAGCAGAUGAUGAAGAUGAUGAUGAAGAUGGGCAAGACAAUCAAGGCACUGAUGGAUCCUCUCCAAGUUACCUGAAGGAGAUUCUGGAGCAGCUUCUUGAAGCCAUAGUUGUAGCCACAAAUCCAUCAGGACAUCUGAUUAGCGAACUUUUUCAGAAACUGCCUUCAAAAGUGCAAUAUCCAGACUACUACGCAAUAAUUAAAGAGCCUAUAGAUCUCAAGACCAUUGCACAGAGGAUACAGAAUGGAAGUUACAAGAGUAUUCAUGCAAUGGCCAAAGACAUAGAUCUCCUAGCAAAAAACGCCAAAACAUAUAAUGAACCAGGUUCUCAAGUAUUCAAGGAUGCAAAUUCAAUUAAAAAGAUAUUUUAUAUGAAAAAGGCAGAAAUUGAACACCAUGAAAUGACUAAGUCCAGCCUUCGAAUAAGGACUUCAUCAAACUUGGCUGCAGCUAGGCUGACAGGUACUUCACACAGCAAAAGUGGCCUGAGUGACGAGAGAAAUCCCACUAGCAAGUAUUACCGUAAUAAAAGAGCAGUCCAAGGAGGUCGUUUGUCAGCAAUUACCAUGGCACUUCAGUAUGGCUCAGAAAGUGAAGAGGAUGCAGCUUUAGCCGCUGCACGUUAUGAGGAAGGAGAGUCAGAAGCAGAGAGCAUUACUUCAUUUAUGGAUGUUUCAAAUCCUUUUUACCAGCUUUAUGACACAGUUAGGAGCUGUCGGAACAACCAAGGGCAGUUAAUAGCUGAACCUUUUUUCCAUUUGCCUUCAAAGAAAAAGUAUCCUGAUUAUUACCAGCAAAUUAAAAUGCCCAUAUCACUGCAACAAAUCAGAACAAAGCUAAAGAACCAAGAAUAUGAAACUUUAGAUCAUUUGGAGUGUGACCUGAAUUUAAUGUUUGAAAAUGCCAAACGCUAUAAUGUUCCCAAUUCAGCCAUCUAUAAGCGAGUUCUAAAAUUGCAGCAAGUCAUGCAGGCAAAGAAAAAAGAGCUCGCCAGAAGAGAUGACAUUGAGGAUGGAGACAGCAUGAUUUCUUCAGCCACCUCUGAUGCUGGUAGUGCCAAAAGGAAAAGUAAAAAGAAUAUAAGAAAGCAGCGAAUGAAAAUCUUAUUCAAUGUUGUUCUUGAAGCCCGAGAGCCGGGUUCAGGAAGAAGACUUUGUGAUCUCUUUAUGGUUAAACCAUCCAAAAAGGACUAUCCUGAUUAUUACAAAAUCAUCUUAGAGCCAAUGGACUUGAAAAUAAUUGAACAUAACAUUCGCAAUGACAAGUAUGCAGGGGAAGAGGGAAUGAUAGAAGACAUGAAGCUUAUGUUUCGGAAUGCUAGACACUACAACGAAGAGGGCUCCCAGGUAUACAAUGAUGCACACAUCUUGGAGAAGUUGCUCAAAGAUAAGAGGAAAGAACUGGGUCCACUGCCUGAUGACGAUGACAUGGCUUCUCCCAAACUCAAACUAAGUAGGAAGAGUGGCAUAUCUCCUAAAAAAUCAAAAUACAUGACUCCGAUGCAGCAAAAACUAAAUGAAGUCUAUGAAGCUGUGAAAAACUAUACUGAUAAAAGGGGCCGCCGCCUCAGUGCUAUAUUUCUGAGACUUCCGUCCAGAUCUGAAUUGCCAGAUUACUAUUUGACUAUUAAAAAGCCAAUGGACAUGGAAAAAAUUCGAAGUCACAUGAUGGCCAACAAAUACCAAGAUAUAGACUCUAUGGUUGAGGACUUCGUCAUGAUGUUCAACAAUGCCUGUACAUACAAUGAACCCGAGUCUUUGAUAUACAAAGAUGCCCUUGUCCUACACAAAGUCCUCCUUGAAACACGGAGAGACCUAGAGGGAGAUGAGGAUUCUCAUGUCCCAAAUGUAACCUUGCUGAUUCAAGAGCUUAUCCACAAUCUUUUUGUGUCAGUCAUGAGUCAUCAGGAUGAUGAAGGAAGGUGCUACAGUGAUUCAUUAGCAGAAAUUCCUGCUGUGGACCCCAACUUUCCAAAUAAACUUCCUCUUACUUUUGACAUAAUUCGGAAGAAUGUUGAAAAUAAUCGCUACCGGCGGCUCGAUUUAUUUCAAGAGCAUAUGUUUGAAGUAUUGGAAAGAGCAAGAAGGAUGAAUCGGACAGAUUCUGAAAUAUAUGAAGAUGCAGUAGAACUUCAGCAGUUUUUUAUUAAAAUUCGUGAUGAACUCUGCAAAAAUGGAGAGAUUCUUCUUUCACCAGCUCUCAGCUAUACCACGAAACAUUUGCAUAAUGAUGUAGAGAAAGAGAAAAAGGAAAAAUUACCAAAAGAAAUAGAAGAAGAUAAACUAAAACGAGAAGAAGAAAAAAGAGAAGCUGAAAAGAGUGAAGAUUCCUCUGGUGCCGCUGGCCUCUCAGGCCUUCAUCGGACGUACAGCCAGGACUGUAGUUUUAAGAAUAGCAUGUACCAUGUUGGAGAUUAUGUCUACGUGGAGCCUGCAGAAAGCAACCUACUGCCACACAUUGUCUGUAUAGAAAGACUAUGGGAAGAUUCAGCUGGUGAAAAAUGGUUGUAUGGCUGUUGGUUUUAUCGGCCAAAUGAAACAUUCCAUCUGGCUACACGAAAAUUUCUAGAAAAGGAAGUUUUUAAGAGUGACUAUUAUAAUAAAGUUCCUGUUAGUAAAAUUCUAGGCAAAUGUGUAGUCAUGUUUGUCAAGGAAUACUUUAAAUUAUGCCCAGAAAACUUCCGCGAUGAGGAUGUUUUUGUCUGUGAAUCACGAUAUUCUGCCAAAACCAAAUCUUUCAAGAAAAUCAAACUGUGGACAAUGCCCAUCAGUUCAGUUAGGUUUGUUCCUCGGGAUGUCCCUCUGCCUGUGGUUCGAGUGGCCUCUGUAUUUGCAAAUGCAGAUAAAGUUGAAGAUGACAAAAACACCGACAACUCAGAAGAUAAUCGAACUGAAGACAAUUUUAACUUGGAAAAGGAGAAAGAAGAUGUCCCUGUGGAAAUGUCAAAUGGUGAGCCAGGUUGUCACUAUUUUGAGCAGCUUCGUUACAAUGACAUGUGGCUAAAGGUUGGAGACUGUGUAUUCAUCAAGUCCCAUGGCCUGGUGCGCCCUCGUGUAGGCAGAAUUGAAAAGGUAUGGGUUCGAGAUGGAGCCGCAUAUUUUUAUGGCCCCAUCUUCAUUCAUCCAGAAGAAACAGAACAUGAACCCACAAAAAUGUUCUACAAAAAAGAAGUAUUUUUGAGUAAUUUGGAAGAAACCUGCCCUAUGACAUGUAUUCUGGGAAAAUGUGCUGUGUUGUCUUUCAAGGACUUCCUCUCCUGCAGGCCAACUGAAAUACCAGAAAAUGAUGUUCUGCUUUGUGAGAGCCGCUACAAUGAGAGUGACAAACAGAUGAAGAAAUUCAAGGGACUUAAGAGGUUUUCACUCUCUGCAAAAGUAGUAGACGACGAGAUUUAUUAUUUCAGAAAACCAAUUGUUCCUCAGAAGGAGCCAUCACCUUUGUUGGAAAAGAAGAUUCAAUUGCUCGAAGCAAAAUUUGCUGAGUUAGAAGGUGGAGAUGAUGAUAUGGAAGAGAUGGGAGAAGAAGAUAGUGAGGUCAUUGAGCCUCCUUCUCUACCCCAGCUUCAGACUCCCCUGUCCAGUGAGCUGGAUCUUAUGCCCUACACACCCCCACAGUCUACUCCAAAGUCAGCCAAAGGCAGUGCAAAGAAGGAAGGCUCCAAGCGGAAAAUCAACAUGAGUGGCUAUAUCCUCUUCAGCAGUGAGAUGAGAGCUGUGAUUAAGGCCCAGCACCCGGACUACUCUUUUGGUGAGCUCAGCCGAUUGGUGGGGACAGAAUGGAGAAAUCUUGAGACAGCAAAGAAAGCAGAAUAUGAAGAGCGGGCAGCUAAAGUUGCUGAGCAGCAGGAGAGAGAGCGAGCAGCACAGCAACAGCAGCCGAGUGCUUCUCCCCGAGCAGGCACCCCUGUGGGGGCUCUCAUGGGGGUGGUGCCACCACCAACACCAAUGGGGAUGCUCAAUCAGCAGUUGACACCUGUUGCAGGCAUGAUGGGUGGCUAUCCGCCAGGCCUUCCACCUUUGCAGGGCCCAGUUGAUGGCCUUGUUAGCAUGGGCAGCAUGCAGCCACUUCACCCUGGGGGGCUUCCACCCCACCAUCUUCCACCAGGUGUGCCCGGCCUCUCGGGCAUCCCACCACCGGGUGUGAUGAACCAAGGAGUGGCCCCUAUGGUAGGGACUCCAGCACCAGGUGGAAGUCCAUAUGCACAGCAGGUGGGAGUUUUGGGGCCUCCAGGGCAACAGGCACCACCUCCAUAUCCUGGCCCACAUCCAGCUGGACCCCCAGUCAUACAGCAGCCAUCAACACCCAUGUUUGUGGCGCCACCACCAAAGACCCAACGGCUUCUCCACUCUGAGGCCUACCUGAAAUACAUUGAAGGACUCACUGCUGAAUCCAACAGUAUUAGCAAGUGGGACCAGACCCUUGCAGCUCGGAGACGUGAUGUUCACCUGUCAAAAGAACAGGAGAGCCGCCUUCCCUCUCACUGGCUUAAAAGUAAAGGGGCCCACACCACCAUGGCAGAUGCCCUCUGGCGCCUUCGGGAUUUGAUGCUCCGAGACACCCUCAACAUUCGCCAAGCAUACAAUCUAGAAAACCUUUAAUCACAUCAAUUACGUUUCUUUUAUAGAAGCAUAAAGAGUUUUGUGGAACAGUAGCCAUUUUAGUUACUGGGGUGGGGGGAGGAACAAAGGAUGGACAUUUUUAUUGCGUUUUACUGUACAUCACAAGGCCAUUUUUAUAUAAGGACACUUUUAAUAAGCUAUUUCAAUUUGUUUUUGUUAUAUUAAGUUGACUAUCAAAUACACAAAGAUUUUUUUGCAUACGUUUCCUUUGUUUGAAACCAGUUUCCUAAUUGGUUAUAUAUGUAGACUUGGAGUUUUAUCUUUUUACCUGUUGCCAUGGAACUAAAACCAUCAGAGGUUUUUGUCUUGGCUUGGGGUUUUUGUUUUUUUGUUUUUGGGGGGCUUUUUCUUUUUUGUUUUUAUAAAGAACAAACAAAAUGAAAAAAAAUAACACACAUACAAGAGUUUACAGAUUAGUUGAAGUUGACAUUGACAAUGAAAUGUGAAGUUGGUCCUAGUUUACAUCUUAGAGAGGGAAGUAUACUUUUGUCUGUUUCAUGUGCCUGAAUAUCUUAAGCCACUUUCACAAAAGCUGUUUGUCAGAGCUGAAGUGACGGUUCACUUCACUUGAAAGGUUAUGUAGGUUCUAGAUGUUUAGCAGACAGAGCGGAUUUGUUGUAUUGCAACGGCUCAUUAGAGAAAUACGAAAUCAGUGCUGUGUGUCCUGGCCCCUCCCGGAUACCUAGAAAGGGAGGUGCUAAAGUAGACAUCUCUGGAGUCCAUUCACCAUUUUUGCAGAACAUGUGCACAAUCCUGAGUUAUAUUUAGUCUCGGCAGGUAAGUUUAAGGGUAUUUUUGGUCUAUUUAUAGUUAAUCCACAGUUUAUACCUAGACAUGUUAGACGAUUUGAAUACUUAAAUCUCUCACAUUGCAAAACAUUGAAGUUCAUCUUGAAGAAAGCAUUGAGGUGUACAUGGAGGUGAUUUACUUUCAAACACAAUGCCUAACCUAACCUGGAUGUCUAUGAGAGGUAGAUUGCCUGCAUGUGCAGAUCUGUUUUAGUAUUCUUUAUUCCUUCCUUACCAGAUGUGGCUUUUUUUUCUUCUUUCAAGAUUGUAAUUCUCAAGCAGAAAUUUAAGACUUUCUAAAACAUUUUUAAAUUUAGCUUGUGCUUUUGAAUUUCAGGAGAAGGGAACCAUAAUUCAAGAAAGUGCUCUUACGUGACCCUGGGAUUAAUAUUUAAAGGCUGUUUGUGACAGUUUGUUCAGUCAGGUACAGGCAGAAAGCAUCAAACAUGCAACAGUAUUUUCACCGUGUGGCUUUAAAACCUGCUUUACUGUAAUAGCAUGAUUGCCACUGAGGUAGAGCAUCCACUGCUGUGUGUUGUUUGUGAAUGGAAAGGAAGGUGACUCUCAGAGGACACUUUUUUUUUCCUUUUAAUCUGGUAUGAAUCAAUACCUGGAUAUUUAAUUACUAUUUUUACUAAAUCAUGAGGACAAAAGUGUAGAAUGGAAUGAAGUCUCUUGUAUCUAAAUACCUUAAAUACAUGAGGCCCUUAUAACUUAAUUGCCUAUAGUCAACCACUGGAUCUCAGUAUGCAUCAAGUAUUUUAAAUCUGAAUUUUAAGAAAAUGUAUUGCAGUCAUAUGUCAGUACCUUACUGUUAACUGAAUCAGAUAAGGAAAUCUUCAGUUCCUAAUUAUUUGGGCCAUUGAAUCAUCAUCAUGGAUUGUAUACUACAGUCAGAUUAUUUUAUUUCUCGACAUCCUUGAAUUACACCAAAGAACCUGAAAUUUAAUUUUGGUUAAGUUAUUUAUUUAUUUCAUGUAUCCAUUUUAUUUCCCCUUUAAGGUCUGAAUGAGACUUCUUUUAGAAGUCUCUAAAACUCUUCACUGUGGGCUGAGUGGGGCAUUAGAAGCCACAGCACUCCUCCUCUGGGCUCUUUCCCAGAGGUGUUGUAGCAACCGUGGAUGCAGCCAAGGGCUUCCCUAAGGCAGUGCACAGUUGGGCCAGGGGGCCACUAGGCAGGCCCUAAUUAAGUUGUUGGGUUUUUUUUUUAAGUAUGUAUUUAUUUUAGAAUCAUGUCUUUCUGUACAUUAACUGGGAGAAUAUCAGUUAAUAUUUAGGAUAUAAAUUUGAAGUCAGCCAUCUCCCAAAAAAGAAAAAAAAAAGUCCUGAUUUAAGAAAGUACAAGUAAACCAUUCAUCUUUUUUUUUCCAUAAAUUUUAGGAAUUGUAGCAAUAUGGCUUAGAAAGUACAAUAGCCUAAAUGAUUACAAAAUGUAAGUUCAUGUGGAAGAGACUUGGUUAUGUGCAGAAAAAAACCUAUAGGUUUAAAGUAGUAUGUCAGCUAACUGAUUAAAAGGCCUUGAAUUGCUUUGUUUCUGAGCUUACCCUUCUCUUCCUAUGAGGAAGAAUUGAGAAGGGGACACUUCUUUGUGUAAUAUCUCUAAAUUGGUGUUGUUGACUUAAGCUUGAACAUUUUCAGACAUGAUUAAAACUUGGUUUAUUCUUAUUUCUGUAUCAAAGAAGUUUCAGUGGUAACUAGUCUUAUAACAUGUAUGUAUCAUAUGUUUGUUCAUCUAAAGCUUUUUAAUCCAAAUAAAAAUGGAGUUUGCAAAGUGA